GCUCUCUCAUCAGCCGUGAGCGCGAGCAAGCAAGCUCCGUCAACCCCCGUACCCAACCCCAACACCACCGACUGCUUGCUUGCCGAGAACACGACAGACAGAUAGACCGACCGACAGACAAUGGCCUCCCCGCGUCCAUCGCCGCCAUCGCAUCUUCACCCUCACCCCAAGCAGAUCCCACGCGUCACCCGCCGAGUGCUUGGCAGCUCCAACCCCUCGUCGUCACUGCAAGCUUCCAACCGAAAUGCCUCCAACGGCGGCCGCCUCUCGCCCUCCGCCUCGGAGGUGUCGCUCACCGCCACGUCCGAAAUCUCGCGAGGGUCGGCGCUCGUCUGUCCUAUUUGCUCGGAGGAGAUGGUCACGCUCCUGCAGCUGAACCGCCACCUCGACGAUACGCACGCCGAAGUCGAAUCGCUGGAAAAAGACGACAUCACCACGUGGUUCCGCAAGCGCAUGCUGAAAGCCAAAGCGUUCCAGCCGGUCGCAGUGCUGAACCAGAAGCUGAAGGGCCUCGACGUCUUCGAGGCGAACGACCUCCCCGGUGACCCGCAGCAGGGCUACCAGCAGCCACACCAGCAGCAGCAGCAGCAGCGCGACGCGGACUUCCACGUCACCCGCGCUCACUGGCAGAAGUCCUACGGCGAUGAUUUCUGUCUCGACCCGACUUGUCAGCGCCCGUUGGGCGUCGUCAAUGGUUGUGUCAAUUGUAGGAAGUGUGGGAAGCUCUUUUGUGAGGAGCAUACGAUGUAUCAGAUCCGGCUCAGCAGGAGUGCGCAGCAUGAGCCGGUGAGGGGGUAUUGGAGUAGGGUCUGCGAGACUUGCUACAAGAGUCGAGAGGGGUAUAAUGAUCAUCAUGGUGUUGUCAGGGAUCAUACCGAGAUGUUCCGGAAUGCCAGGAAGAGGACGGUUGAGAGGUCGUGCUUGGAGGUUUCGAGGCUGGAGAAGAGAUUGACGAAGCUCACACAGCUCCUCAUCAACCCCCCACCGGCGACCAUCACAGCCAACGGCGACAAAGCGAGCGUCAUCCGCGGCCUUACAAAGCCACUAAUAAACCAGCGACGAGCCCUCGAGCAGAGCGUGGUAGCUUGGGAAGACGACGCCGCCGUCGCCGCCUGUCCCUACUGCCUCCAAACCUUCUCGCGCUUCACGCUUCCCAAGCACCACUGCCGUCUCUGCGGCAAAAUAGUCUGCGGCGACCACCGCACCUUCUGCUCGAAGGAGAUCACGCUCGACGUCGCCCCAUCCACGGCCGAAAAGCCGCUCUCCACCCCCGACGGCCCAGUCCUCCACGUACGAAUGUGCACGCCCUGCGCCACCACACUCUUCAGCAAACGCGACUUCGCCGCCUCGCUCUCCACAACACCCUCCUACGUGCGCCCCUACACCACACUCGUCUCCUUCCAAAACGGGAUCAAAGAGCAACUCCCACGGUUCCAACGGCUCGUUGAUAGCCUACAGCGGCGGCCGGGUGACCGCGUCGCCGUCGUCGAGGCCGUGCGCAUGAAGAAGCGCGUGGUCGAAACCCUUGGGAAGGUGGACGCGCUGGCGAAACAGAUCGCGGGGCAACCCGCCGCACAGGGGAGCGCGGAGGAACGCCUGAGAAAGUCGAUCGCCCUCGCCACCGCAAAUUGGGGCCGCGACGUCGGCCUCCGCGUUAAGUCCGCCGCUAUGAUGCUCGAUCGCGUCGUCGAUAGCACACGCCCUUCGGCCGCGGCGGAGAUCGCGCAGCGCACGGGAAGAGCCCCGCCGAAUAUGGCGAAACCGCUACCCACCCCGAACCACACUCCAGCCCCCGCCCGAACGGUGGAAGAGGGGGAGAACGACGAGGACAACCAGCGAAGGGAUGUGGUCGUCGUGCUGGAGGAGCAGAAGUUCCUUGUCCUUGCGAUGAUGGAGGAGGCGAAGAAGCGAAGAAGGUUCGAUGAGGUCGAGGCGCUCAGUAGGAGUCUCGACGAGAUUGAGGACGAGAUUGGGAAGCUUGGGGGUGGGGUGUUAGGGGUGUAACUGGGUGGGUCAGUACUCCAAGGAUAGGAGGGGAGGUAAUGGGGGACCCAGGUAGCUAGGAUGGGGAUGAGGAUGGGGAAAGAGAAGGGAGGGAAGGAGGAGGGGAGGUGUGCAUAUCGUCUUUUGAGCAUUUUGGGGUGGCGUUUGGGUAUACUUUUGUGGCGAGUUUGGGAUAGAAUUCUGUUUUGUUGCAUGGUGGUCACUCGGCGAUUGCCUGGGUACCUAAUGUACCUGGUGGUGGAGUAUCAAUCAAGCUAUGAGUUGUCUAUCAGAGUCUUGCUACGGUGAUGGGA